GUCGGCCUGAUCCAUGGCAAUCAAGAAAGCAAGAACGCCCAAGAAACGAACCUACGCCGCCGCCAGCGGCUGCGGCAGCUCCGUGGCCAUGGUGCAGAUGCCUCCCCACGAGCCGGGUGGCGCCAACCACAUCCAGCCUCCGCCGCCGCUCCCUCCUGGCGUCUACUUCAGCCCGACGCGGGAGGAAUGCCUGGGAUUCCUCAACCGGUCGAUCGCCGGCGACAACGAGCUGGCCGACGCGAGGCGCUACAUCUUCAGGGCCAACAUCUACGGCGAGAGCCCCGACGCGCUGCGCCAGCGGCACCCGCCAGCGAGCGUCCGCGGCCGGAGCGAGGACGCGUGGUGGUUCCUAAGCCAGACGCGGUUCCAGAGCAAGACCGUGGGCGGGGGCGCCUCCAAGCGCGCCGACCGCCAAGUCAAGACCGGCGGGUACUGGCGGCUGGAGCAGAGCAAAGAGCGGCUGAAGAAGAGCAAGAAGCGGUUAAAGCAGAGCAAGGAGGAGGAGGAGGACGCCGACGGCGUCAAGAACUGCUUCGGCUUCUACGUCGGGACCUCCAAGAAGGAUGACAAGACGCCGUGGCUCAUGCAAGAAUUCACCAGCGCCAACGACGACGGCGCCGGCAAGCUGGGCGUGCCCGCGCUCUACAGGGUGUACGUCACGCCGCGCGCCACCGACGAGGAGCUGAGAGAAGUCUUUGGGGAGGACGGCGUGAAGAAAGAGCCCGACGGGACGACCAAGAGGCCUGCCCGAACCAUGGUCCCACAGGAGUAUUUCGACGGCAUCGCCGGUCUGCUGCCGGCGGGGAGUGUCCGUGCUUUUGAUGUGAUUGAUCCGUGGGCGAAUUCCAACACUGUCGUCCAAGAGCACGUACAGGCGCCGCUACAGCCUCAUCCGGUGGUGCCAGCGGGUCCUAUCGAUUACGACGGCCAGCAGUACGAGGAGCAGCAGGGGCACUAUCUUGGUCAGUACGAUGAGCAGCAUGGGCACUAUCUUGGUCAGUACGACGGGCCGUUCCCGGUGGCCGCUCCGCCUGCAUCGCCGGGCCUCCUUGGUCAGCUCACGGCAGAGGCACCGUCGGAUAAUAUGAGCAUGUCCAUGGUCGAAUUCAUGAGCAUGCUUGACGAGCAGCCUGCUGAGAUGGUUAACGAGCAGCCGGCGGAGACGUACGGUUAA